GCGACGGCGGGGCUCUUCCGCCAGGUCGUGAGGUCAAGGGUCACGCAAAAGAUGGCGGUGCUCAGGAAUAGUUGAGGCGUGCAGUGGAGGAUGGCUUUGGUGGCCCUGGGUCGCGUGGGGCGGCGGCUGAAGUGGUUGGGGCCCGGCCGCGGGCACUGGACGCCGGCCGGACGCUCGCGGAGCCGGCGAGAGGCGGCAGAGGCCGAGGCGGACGCGCCUGUGGUCCAGUACGUGGGCGAGCGCGCCGCCCGCACCGACCGCAUCUUUGUGUGGGGCUUCAGCUUCUCGGGGGCGCUGGGGGUCCCCACCUUCGUGGUGCCGGGGUCCGGGCCCGAGCCCCGCGCCGGCUCUCGGCCGCCCCGCAGGAUCCAGAUCGUGCCCUACCGCCUGGAGCUCGACCAGAAGAUUUCCUCUGCCGCCUGUGGCUACGGAUUCACACUGCUGGCCUCCAGAACCAAAGACGUCACGAAAGUUUGGGGCAUGGGGCUCAACAAAGACUCGCAGCUUGGAUUUCACCAGAGCCGGAAGGAUAAAACCCGUGGCUACGAGUAUGUGCUGGAGCCGUCGCCUGUUGCACUGCCUCUGGACAGACCCCAGGAGACCCGGGUGCUGCAGGUGGCCUGUGGCCGUGCGCAUUCCCUCGUCCUGACUGACAGGGAAGGAGUCUUCAGCAUGGGAAACAAUGCCUACGGGCAGUGUGGCCGGAAGGUGGUGGAGGACGAGGUGUACAGUGAGAGUCACAGAGUGCACAGGAUGCAGUACUUCGAUGGCCAGGUGGUCCAGGUCGCCUGCGGGCAGGACCACAGUCUCUUCCUCACGGACCGGGGUGAAGUCUACUCCUGCGGCUGGGGCGCCGACGGGCAGACAGGUCUGGGUCACUACAAUGUCACCAGCACGGCCACCAAGCUGGGCGGAGACCUUGCUGGAGUGGAGGUCCUCCAGGUGGCCACCUACGGCGACUGCUGCCUGGCUGUGUCGGCGGAUGGAGCUGUGUUCGGGUGGGGAAACUCUGAGUACCUGCAGCUGGCGUCCAUCACAGACUCCACACAGGUCAGCGUCCCCCGGAGCCUGCCCUUCUCUGGAGUGGGGAAGGUGAAGCAGGUGGCCUGUGGCGGUACAGGCUGUGCCGUGCUAAACGGUGAGGCCCCUUCUGGCAGUGACCGGUGUGCAGUGCAGGACAGAGAAGAAGGCUCCGUUUUUGUCUGGGGCUACGGAAUUCUUGGGAAAGGACCCAAGCUUGUGGAAACUGCUGUCCCAGAAAUGAUUCCACCCACGCUCUUCGGCCUGACGGAGUUCAGCCCAGAUGUCCAGGUUUCCCGAAUUCGAUGUGGACUCAGCCACUUCGCUGCCCUGACCAACAAAGGUGAGCUGUUCGUGUGGGGCAAGAACGUCCGCGGCUGCCUGGGGAUCGGCCGCCUGGAAGACCAGUAUUUCCCAUGGAGGGUGACAAUGCCCGGGGAGCCUGUGGACAUGGCGUGCGGUGUGGACCACAUGGUGACGCUGGCCAAGUCCUUCAUCUGAGUCCCCUUCCUAGCCUGCUCCAGGCUGGCCCUGGCCUGAGCCACAGCAGCAGUGACACAGCACAGUCCGCCUGGGUGGCCCUGUGUGCUCGGUCUCCUGAUGCCCUCGGCGGGUGCUGUGGGGAGUCAUGGGCACAUGGCCCCUCCUCCUGCCCAGGGAGUGACCCAAGCGCUCAGCACACGGGAUGGCUGCCCACAGUGGCCCCGCUCUGGAGCAGUCGAGGCCACUGCACUGCUGGUGAGGACAGCUGGCACCAGUCACCCUAUCUGGUGACACAUGCUGGUGUCCCUUCCCUCCUGGAAUGCCAGUCUCUGUUGGUCUCAGAAGGUGGCCUCGCCACACUGCUCAGGAAGGCAUUUGUCUCUGUCACGGCGAGCUCAGUGUGUGCCUCAGGCUGGGGCUUUCAUCCUCCCCUGCUCGCCACCGUGCCUGGUUACUGCCAUCCUCAGGUCCCCUGGUGGACCCAGCAGCCAGAAACUCUGUGAGGAGCUGCAGUGUGUGCAUGGCUGCCUCGCCCGCGGCCUGGUCGGGCUCUCAGGACCCUGUGAGGCUGAGGAGCCCCUACAGGAGGAAGCUUCAGGCCCGACACAGCUGUGGAGGCCUGGCUGGAGCCUCAGCCAUGGACAGGAAAGAUCCUAAGUUGUGAAAAACAUUUGAGUCAGAAACGUAACUUAUCUUUUCCUUUAUAAACAGUGUUUAAGAAUCUCUUUUGGAAUAAAGUCUAUUUUCUACUGGCUUAGGAA